AUGUCCAAAAUACCAUAUUACGCACUUAUUGGUUAUUUUGCAAAAGAACUUUUUUUUUUAAAGGAAUUUACUCUCAGUAUCCCGCCGUACAAGAAAAGAAAGGAACUGCUCAGAAGCCUCCGGAAAGGGAUGAGCAACUUCGGCAACGGCAAAGGGAAGCCAGUUACCGGAGACGACGACGAUGACGAAGAUGAAGGAAACGAGAGAGACCUCGAAGCAUGGGAGAGAGCAUACGCAGACGAGAGGUCCUGGGAAUCAUUACAAGAAGAUGAAUCUGGACUCCUCCGGCCAAUCGAUAACCAAGCUUUACAUCACGCUCAGUAUCGCCGCCGUCUACGGUCACUCUCCUCGGCUUCCGCCGCCUCACGUAUUCAAAAAGGCCUCAUUCGAUAUCUCUACCUUGUCAUCGAUCUCUCUCGGGCAGCUGGAGAGAUGGAUUUACGACCAAGUAGAAUGGUGGUGGUUGCUAAACAAGUAGAAGCUUUCAUAAGGGAAUUCUUUGAUCAAAAUCCAUUAAGUCAAAUUGGCUUAAUAUCUAUAAAAAAUGGAGUUGCUCAAUGUUUAACUGACCUAGGUGGAAGCCCUGAGUCUCAUAUAAAGGUCUUAAUGGGAAAACUCGAGUGUGCAGGAGAUGUAAUGGAGACUAUUCAAAAAUGUAAAAACUCCAAGAUUAGGUGUUCAGUUAUUGGUCUCUCUGCAGAACUUUAUAUAUGCAAGUAUUUAUGCCAAGAAACUGGAGGGUUAUAUUCUGUUGCUUUAGAUGAGGCACAUUUAAAAGAGCUAAUUCUAGAGCAUGCACCACCACCUCCCGCCAUAGCUGAAUUUGCUAUAGCCAAUUUAAUAAAAAUGGGAUUCCCACAAAGGGCAGCAGAAGGUGUUAUCUCCAUAUGUUCAUGUCAUAAAGAAGCUAAAUUUGGUGGAGGGUAUACUUGUCCAAGGUGUAAAGCUCGUGUUUGUGAAUUGCCUACUGAAUGUCGUAUUUGUGGGUUAACCCUUGUUUCAUCUCCUCAUUUAGCAAGAUCUUAUCACCAUUUAUUUCCAGUAACGCCCUUUGAUGACGUGGCGCCUUUGAUUGUACCCAAUCAACAUCGUAGGCCAAAAACUUGUUUUGGUUGUCAGCAAAGUCUUUUGAAUCCUGGGAACAUUCCGGGCAGAUGUGUGACCUGCCCGAAAUGCAAACAGUUCUUUUGUCUUGACUGUGACAUAUAUAUUCAUGAGAGUUUGCACAACUGCCCGGGUUGUGAGAGCUUAAGAGACUCCAAGUCACUUUCUUAGUUCUUUUUUUUGAGACAUUUUUACCCUUAGAAGCCCGCAAAGAGAGAUAAAAUUGUCAUGUUUAUUGGAGGGCAAAAGGGGGAAUCAAACUUGUGUUUCUAUAUAUCAUGUAACUUUGAAGCAUGGUUUUAGAUAGGAUUUUAUCUAUAUUGUGUACCCUUUAGCUUAAAAAAAAUAUGAUUUUUGAUAGGAUUUUAUUUUUUUGUUUAAUCUUAUUUGGCUGAGAGAUGUCGCCAAGUUCAUAUAGAUAUAUGAUUUAUUUUUUACUGAAUGGACUUAAUGGUUAAGCAGUU